UGCUCUAGCGAUUUGACAGUGCUUUGAUGGAAAGGGUUUGCAGGGAGCCUGCCAGCAGUCAGCGGCGCACCAAAGGAACGAUGGGCGCGUGAGGGCUCCAACGGGCCGAGGCAACAAGACAAACACUUUGACGCAAAAGUUGCUCCAGAAGCUCUGUGGGAAUAGAGGGAAGCAAAGGGACCCAUCAGCAGCUGCCAUGAGGUUGGCAGGGGCCCGGAGCCGGAGGGCCGCGGAGCCGGAGGAACCGGAGCCGGAGGAGGUCACCGAGGCCGCACGCCACGAGCACGCGGAACGCCACGAGCACGAGCACGCGGAACGCCACGAGCACACGGAACGCCACGAGCAUGAGCACGAGCACGCGGAGCAUCACCCCGGCCACGACUACAAGCACAUGAAGGAGAAGUUUGCGAAUGAGCUCGGCCACCUGCCAAUUCCCGGGUGGGCAAUAGCAGCCAUCGUGGUGGUCGUCCUGGUUUUGGUGGCGUGCUGCGUCUUCUGUCUUUUCAAGAAGUGCUUCGCGAAAAAGAAGAAGCCAAAGAAAGUGAGGGAGAGGAAGACUGGCCGCCGCAAAAAGGAAAAGGAAGGCGAAGGGGAGGGUGGAGAGAAGGAGGGAGAUGUGAAGAAGCCCGGAGACGAAGAGGAGAAAGAACAGGAAAAGUUGGGAAGACUGGAGUUCUCACUGGACUACAACUUCACGGAUGCCCAGCUUAUAGUGGGCAUCCUGCAGGCUCAGGACCUCGCUGCUAUGGACAUGGGGGGGACCUCGGACCCUUACGUCAAAGUCUAUUUGCUGCCGGACAAAAAGAAGAAGUACGAGACCAAAGUUCAACGCAAGAACUUAUGUCCCGUCUUCAACGAGACCUUCAUCUUUAAGAUCCCGUAUGCAGAGUUGGGCGGAAAGACUUUGAUGCUGGAAGUUUUUGACUUUGACCGCUUCUCCAAGCACGACAUGAUCGGCGAGAUCAAGAUUCCCAUGAACAGCGUUGAUUUGGGUCAGCCGCUGCAACAAUGGAGGGACGUGGAGAGCGGUGAAAAGGAGGAGCAAGAGAAACUGGGGGAUAUCUGCAUUUCUUUAAGAUAUGUGCCCACUGCUGGAAAGCUGACAGUCAACAUCAUGGAGGCGAAGAACCUGAAGAAAAUGGAUGUCGGUGGUUUAUCGGAUCCGUAUGUGAAGAUUAUUCUGCAGCAAAAUGGCAAACGGAUCAAGAAGAAAAAGACGACGGUGAAGAAAAACACGCUGAAUCCUUACUUCAACGAGAGUUUCAGCUUCGAAGUCCCCUUUGAGCAAAUACAGAAAGUGCAGGUCGUCAUCACAGUGUUGGACUAUGACAAACUCGGGAGCAACGACCCCAUUGGAAAGACCUUCAUGGGUUACGGAGCUACGGGAGUCGGCCUGCGCCACUGGUCAGAGAUGUUAUCCAAUCCCAGACGUCCAGUCGCCCAGUGGCACACGCUGCUGCCGGAAGAAGAAGUCGAGGCGGCGCUCAAAGCAAAACCUCGUUAGAGGCACACGAUGUCAGUCACAAUGUUUUACUCAUCCUAAUACUCCCGAUGUGUUCUCAAGCUGCGUGGCCUGUUUUUCCAUUUUGUUUCUUUUAAGGUACUUUAAUGUGCGUGCGAGUGCGCGUGAUGUACAGACAAAAUGUUGUUACUCAGCUCCCAUUAUGUGACUGAACCAAUAUUACAAUAUUGUAUUUUUUUCUGUCUGUAAAACACACAUAUGUGAAUGUGCAUGUUUUGUGUAUGCUCAUGCAUGAGCCUAUUAAAUCUUUAUUAAAUCUAAUAAUCUUUGUUCUAAAGUUA